AUGGUUGUAUUGAAUACAUGUGAUCGUUUUAAUGGUGCAUGUGUUGAUAAAAGUGGAUGUAAACCAGGUUAUAAGUAUGGACGAUACUGUAAUAAGACGUGUAGCACAGGAAAAUAUGGGUUGGAUUGUUCUGAAUCUUGUGAUGAUUGUAUUGAAAGUAAAUGUGAUCGUUUGAAUGGUGAUUGUUUUUAUAGUUAUGGAUGUAAACCAGGCUACGAGUAUGGACGAUACUGUAAUAGGACUACUCCAAAGUGCGACAAAGGCAAAUUUGGGUUGUAUUGUACUGAAUCUUGUGAUGGCUGUAUUGAAAGUAUAUGUAAUCGUUGUGAUGGUGUAUGUAUUGAUAGUAGUGGAUGUAAACCAGGGUAUGAAUAUAGACCGUACUGUAAUAAGACUUGUAUGGAUUGGCACUUUGGAACCAAUUGCACAAAAAUGUGUUACUGUUUGAACAACCCGUGUGAAAAAAUCAGUGGUAUUUGCUCUGAUGGCGGCUGCAAAAAGGGAUGGCAUGGUCAAUCGUGCGAUGAAGAGUGUAGCAAAGGAUCAUUUGGGUUGGAUUGUUCUGAAUCUUGUGAUGGUUGUAUUGAAAAUGCAUGUGAUCGUUUUAAUGGUGAAUGUGUUGAUAGUAGUGGAUGUAAACCAGGCUAUGAGCAUAGACCGUACUAUAAUAAAAGUGAGUAA